AUGCGCAGUUCUACAGUGCACAUUCAGCAUACUAAAGCUGGCAGCGGUGGAGGAGGGUUGUAUGCCAUUGGAGAAGUUGAUAUAGGUGGAAGCUCAACAGUCAAGAUUUCCAACAGCCACACAGUCUCUGGGUAUGGGGGAGGCUUGUACGCCAAAAAGGAACUAAAAGUCUCCAAUCGCUCUGCCCUCAUGAUCCUGAAUGCAACAGCUCCAGGAAAUGGUGGAGGUUUCUAUGCUGGUGGUAAGGUUGCAAUCAGCAGCUCAACAGUCAGCAUUCAGCGUGCUAGAGCUGGUAAGUUGGGUGGAGGUUUCUGCGCUGAAGGCAGCAUUGCACUUUCCGAUGCAUCUACAGUUGCCAUGUCCGACACCCAUGCAGGAGUAGAUGGUGGUGGGUUCAUGGUUGCCACUGCGCUGGCUACACACAAUAGCUCAAUGUCGACAGCCAAUUCCACUGCCGAGCGGACAGGCACCGCAGGUCGUGUGGAUGGUCAGGUGCUUCUUUCAUCUCAGUCCAGCUUAGAUAUUCAUCAUGCAGAAGGCGAUGCAAACUCUGCUGUUCUGGCAGCAAGCUGUCUCCAACUACAUCCUGAGUCAAGUCUGUUCCUCGAAGGCAUCAUUGGUCGGCAUGGUUUGUACCUGCAAAACAGCUGCUCCUCCUCUCUUUGCUCAAACACCACCUUCCAUGUGGCAGAGGGCGCAGCCCUGGAUGCGACUGGUCGCUUGAGCUCGGGUCUUUUGUCAGUAAAUGCCUGCCCUCAUGAAGAGGUGCGCCUCUCAGGCAUUCAUUUGCACUCUUGGAACAGCUCGCUCCUCACCACAAGCCCCAGCUAUGUGGUCAUCGACCAUGUCGACAUCCACUACCAGCCACCGGUCAACAAUCUGCAGAUCCUAGCUGCCCAGGAGAACUUCAGUAUCGACUCCUUGGCCAUUUCAUGCCCGGACUGCCCGCAGGGAGUGACUUUCAAUGCAACAGAGGAUGGGACCUUGCAAGCUCUGAGCCCUGAAAAUCUCCAAUGCUCCAAGACCUUCACCGUGUCAAAUGGCUUGACGCCACGUUGCGAUUGCGGAGACUACCGGAUUACCGGCGAGCACUUCCGCAAUACAGAACUAGUGUCUCUCGAAGACGUGUUCCAGACGUGCAGAUUCUGCAACAGACACUCUUACUUCCGGGAUGGCGUUUGUCGCACGUGUGAGAUCUACCGACCUUGGUCUGAUGGCAAACGUGACGUCUGCCAUUUGCUACCACGCGAGUGGCCAGAGCGUGUAAUCCUAUUUACGGGUGCAGCAGUGUUCGUGAUCCUGACCUUCAUCAUGUUCGAGAUCCUUCAGACUCCUUUGGUGAUUCUUGAUGCCAGGUCUGAUUUGGAAGAUCCUUCGGAAGUGAGCGCCAAGAGGAUCUUCACCAUCUCAGUGCAGGGUCCGAUCGCCAGCCUUCCCAAGAGCAUAUCUCGACUGGUGCACCAGAGAGUGCAUUAUCGUGCAAGGGGAACUGGUUUGCAAUGGCUGGAAUUUGAUCAACAAGAGCCGAAGGCAAUCAAGGUUUGCAGCGUGGCACGGAAAAAGCUUUUGCUUCAAGAUGCACACGUGCCAUUUGAUUGCGCUUCCUGCAGGGGUUCCCUGCACUCUACUGAGACUUGUUUCAUUUUCACCCUCCUGAUUGCCUUGGUAUUUUUGCUUUCGAUGCUGCCUACCAUCAUCAAAGUCGCAGUCGUAUCCGGAAACAGCUUUGAACAUACAUUUGUCAGUAUUGCUAUCUAUCUUGCUCUUCCAAUGGCGGUGGUCGCUGCGGUGCUGCAUUGGCCGGUGUCAUGGCUUAUCCAACGCCUGUACCGUAGAACGCCCUUCUCAGAGGCUUUAGAUGACUACCAAGAACAAAUUGACUGCAAACCUCAUCCAGGUCCAGAUGAAACCCAUCCUCGCAACCAGGGCCUGUUGGUCCUUACACUGCGCGGAUUGUGGAAGCACUUCGAGAGCUUCAUUUUGGAGCAGAACAUGCAUUUUGUCGUGGCCAACAUUGUAAGGCCCCUGACGCAGAGUAAAGGCGUGUCCUUCGUGACUCUUUGGGGUGGCAAGCAGGUGGACUACUUUGUGUCACAUUCCUGGGGCACGAGCUUCUCUCACUUUGUGCACUCCAUCCGCUGCCACGCCCUGUCCAAGGAAGGCCCUACAUCUUGGAUGGGCGCAGCCUAUUGGAUUUGUUCCUUUGCCAACAACCAGUGGAAUAUCGCAGCCGAACUGGCCGACGAUCCAAUGGACAGCGCUUUUGCAAGGGCUUUAAGGGGUGGAAUCAAGGGAGUUGCCAUGGUUUUGGAUCACGAGGUGCAACCGCUCACACGAGUUUGGUGCUUGUUCGAGUUCCUCCUCUCCAGUCGUGAGCAGCUGGAGCUGGUCUUCACGACUGACGUGGGAGUCGUAGGUGACGAUGGAUGCACUUCGUUCGACAUUGCCUUGGAAGUGGGCAAGAAGAUCGAGUGCCUAGAGGUGGCGAAGUGCCAGGCAUCAAGUGAUGAAGACAAGAGAAAAAUCUUCGAGUACAUCAUCAACACCUUGGGCAGUUUGGAGAAAAUGGAUGGCCGGAUCAGACAAUUGAUGGAAGAGAUGCUGGACAAGAACUUGGCAAAUGUGGAAAGCGCGACUGAUCGCUUGCUGCACAGGCUAGGUCAAAGCUAA